AGCCCUUAACUGCGAAAUAUCGAACUAUCGAAGGAAAUACAGAACGAGUCCUGAAUAAAGACCGCCGACGACCGCCGCUAGUCAGCGCCAGGCCUCCAGCCUGCCACCACCGCACGUCCGCACCACGCAGCGACGCCCUGCCUGACCGCCUCCAGCCUCCAGGACCACGACCGCACCAGUCCGGCAGUCCACUAUCCACGCUAGGCCGCUACCCGCACUUCUGCAGUAACGGUGAAGGAGGCACAAUGAAAGUAAAGAUUUUGCCUUCGCCAUGUGCUAUUGGCCACUAUGAAAAGAAUGGCAUGCUGUUGCUUCUUGGACAUGGGAUGCACAGGAUGAAACUUGUGGGAUAUGCAGAAUGGCCUUUGAUGGUUGCUGCCCUGACUGCAAAAUCCCCGGGGAUGAUUGCCCUUUAAUUUGGGGAGCUUGCAACCAUGCAUUCCAUCUUCAUUGCAUAUUGAAAUGGGUGAAUUCACAGACUUCACAAGCUCAUUGUCCUAUGUGCCGCAGGGAAUGGCAAUACAAAGGAUGAUUGCAAACUUCACCAGUAUUUUUCUGAUCGGAAGAAUCUUAGCAGCACGAAUGUUCUUGUUUUCUGGUCUUCUGUCAUCUACUCCUACAUUUUUCUAAACUUUCUCUGUAUUUCUGAGAUUAAUCUUCGCAGACUAGAUACCUAAAUCAUCUUCUCUCUAUCUACUGAAUAUUACCAAAUUAAAAGGGGAUUUCUUCUUAUUCUUAUUAUCGUUUUUUUCAUUCUUUGUAUUUCAAAAUGAGCAAAUCAAACCUGCGCCUUUUUUUGGAAGUCC